UACGACAUCUCAUCUUCUGGUGGACAAUACAGCCAAGGCCCUGUUAGAGACAUAGACUCGAUAUCUGUGAUGGUACCAGCGUCAAAAGGUAAGAAUGUAAAGACUCAACUACCCUUGAGCAGGAUGACCCGGGAAGAAUUGGAGGACAGUUUGUUUCGUCUUCGUGAAGAGCACAUGUUGGUGAAGGAGCUUUUUUGGAAGCAACAGGAUGAGAUCAAAAGGAUGAGGACAGCCUUGCUCCGGUCAGCCGCAGCAGGCCGGGACCGGAGGGCCGAGGUGGCAGCGGCGGAGCAGCUCUUGGGGCCUACGAGGCGGCGGCGGAAUGCGGGGUGGCGGCAGCGGCCCCCCAAGCACCUGCGCCCCCCGCUGCACGGCCUGCAACUGCAGUUCCAGCGCGUCGGCCCCCCUGCUCCCCGUUGCACCCAGCCUCGCGUCCACGCGGGACACAGACAGCUCCACACCGCCGGGGCGGCGGGGGCCGAGAAACCCAAGAGGGAGUCAAGGGACAGGCUGAGCUACACAGCUCCUCCCACAUUCAAGGAACAUGUGACAAAUGAAAAAGCCAGAGGUGAAGUAUCCAGUGAACCCAGCGAACAAGCUUCCAUUAAGGAGAAUAUACAGCUGAUUCGACUUAAGAAGCUCUUACAUGAAAGGAAUACUUCUUUGGCAGUGACAAAAGCACAAUUAACAGAAGUUCAAGCUGCAUAUGAAACUCUGCUCCAGAAGAAUCAGGGAAUCCUGGGUACAGCCCAUGAUGCCCUCCUCAGCCAAGUGAAUGAGCUCAGGGCAGAGCUGAAGGAGGAGAGCAAGAAGGCUGUGAGCUUGAAGAGCCAACUGGAAGAUGUGUCCAUCCUGCAGAUAACACUGAAAGAGUUUCAGGAGAGAGUUGAAGAUUUGGAAAAAGAACGAAAAUUGCUGAAUGACAAUUAUGACAAACUCUUAGAAAACAUGCUGGAUAGCAGUAAUCAGCCUCACUGGAGCAAUGAGCAAGAACAGCUACAGCAGAAAGUCUCUCAGUUGCAGGAUCACCUGGAUGCUGAGGUGGAGGAGAAGAGAAAAGUCUUACUUCAGCUGUCAAGAGAGAAAGCUCAAAACAAGGAUCUGAAGCUUGAAGUCACCAACCUGCUUCAGAAGCAUAAACAGGAAGUGGAGGACCUCCAAAAUAAAGACACAAUUUCCCAGUCUCCUGACUGGCAAUCUGAACCAGCCACUUACCCAGCUCUAUUCCAAGAGGCCACUCAGAUAGAGCCCUGUGAACCAAAAAACCAAGAAGAAAAGAAACUGUCCCAGAUGUUAAGUGAGUUGCAAGUAUUGCAUGCAGAGACCAUAUUGGAACUAGAAAAGACCAGAGACAUGCUUAUUCUGCAGCGCAAGAUCAACGUGUGUUAUCAGGAGGAACUGGAGGCAAUGAUGACAAAAGCCGAUAAUGAAAAUAAAGUUCACAAAGAAAAACUGGAGAGGUUGAAUCAACUCCUAGACCUCAAGAACAAGCGUAUCAAUCAGCUGGAAGAACAACUCAAAGAUGUGGCUUAUGGCACCCGACAGUUGUCAUUAUGUCUGAAACCACUGCCAGACCAUGGAGAUGAGGAUAAAGUGGACAUUUCUCCACGGCAUCAGAGUGAGAAUCUUUUUGAACUGCACAUCCACCAGGCCUUCCUGACACCUGCUGCCCUGGCUCAGGCUGGAGACACUCAACCUACCACUUUCUGCACCUAUUCUUUCUAUGACUUUGAAACCCACUGCACCCCACUAGCUGUGGGGCUGCAGCCCCUCUAUGACUUCACUUCUCAGUAUGUGGUGGAGACAGAUUCCCUCUUCUUGCACUACCUUCAAGGGACGUCAGCCCAGCUUCAUCUACACCAGGCUAUAGCCAGUGAGCACCGCACCCUUGCAGCUGGCUGGAUUUGCUUUGACAGGGUUCUAGAAACCGUGGAGAGAGUCCAUGGCUCUGCCACACUUACUGGAGCUGGUGGAGAAGUCUUUGGGGUGCUAGAGUACUGGAUGAGGCUGCGCUUCCCCGUAAGAUCCAGCCUACAAGCAUACAAUAAGCGAAAGAAAGCCCAGGCAUACCUGUCAGCCAAUGUGCUUGGAGCCUGGGAGGCCCAGGAGGAUGAGCCCAGAUCGGAGACCAGGAAGCAUCAGAAUGAGCUGCGGGUAGAAGUCAUCCGAUGCUGCGGCCUCCAGAGUCGAUGGCUGGGAGCCCAACCCAGUCCAUAUGCCAUGUAUCGCUUCUUUACCUUUUCUGACCACGACACCACCGUCAUUCCAGCCAGUAACAAUCCCUACUUCAGAGACGAGGCUCGAUUCCCAGUGCUUGUGACUUCUGACCUGGAUCAGUAUCUGAGGCAGGAGGCCCUGUCUGUGUACGUUUUUGAUGAUGAAGACUCAGAGCCUGGCUCGUACCUUGGCCGCGUCCAAGUGCCCUUGCUUCCUCUUGCACAAAACAAAUCCAUUAAAGGUGAUUUUAACCUCACGGACCCUGGGGGGAAACCCAAUGGAUUUGUUCAGGUGCAACUGGAUUGGAAGUCUUGCUAUCUACCCCCGGAGAGUUUCCUAAAACCAGAAGCUCCGAGUGAGGAGAAGGACACCAAGGACAGUUUAGAUACCUCAAUUGAAGAGGAAGAAGCUUCCUUUCCUCCCCAGGACCAGAUGGUAUCUAUUGAGAUUCCCAUUGAAGCUGGCCAGUAUCAAGCUAAGCGAAAACCUCCUCAGGUGGGAGAAAGAAAGGAAAGGGAACACCAGGUUCCAGGUUACUCAAGAAGAAAACAUGGCAAAAGAACAGGCAUUCAAGGAAAGAACAGAAUGGAGUAUCUUAGUCCUAACAUCUUAAGUGGAAAUACACUACAGCAGGUGAACUACACUGAAUGGAAAUUCUCAGGGCUUAAGAUCUCCACAGACGAUGGUUUAAAAAAUCAGCAAAAGGAAGAGGAAAUGACAUCAUCCCAUUCAGCACAGAUACUAAAGGAAGCCCUACAUCCUGUGAAUGAUAAAGAAUCCUGUGAACAAGCUUCUGAAGUCAGUGAAGCACAAACUACAGAUAGUGAUGAGAUAGUAACACCUGUAUCUCAGAAAUGUCCUAAGGCAGGUUCAGAGAAGAUGUGCAUUGAAAUCAUCUCCCUGGCAUUCCACCCAGAGGCUGAAGUGAUAUGUGAUGAGAAUGUAAAACAGGUGUACGUGGAAUACAAGUUCUAUGAUCUACCCUUGUCAGAGACGGAGACUCCAGUGUCCCUGAGGAAACCAAGAGCAGGAGAAGAGAUCCACUUCCACUUUAGCAAGGUGAUAGACCUGGACCCAGUGGAGCAAAAAGACCGAAGGCAGUUUCUGUUCGCCAUGCUGACUGGACAAGAUCCUGAGCAGGGACAUUUAAAGUUUACAGUGGUAAGUGACCCUAUGGAUGAGGAAAAGAAAGAAUGUCAAGAAGUAGGCUACGCAUAUCUGGAACUGUGGCAGAUCCUGGAAUCGGGAAGAGACAUCCAAGAGCAAGAGCUAGACAUUGUUAGCCCUGAAGAUCAGGCUACCCCCAUAGGAAGGCUGAAGGUGUCCCUUCAAGCUGCUGCCGCCCUCCAUGCUAUUUACAAGGAGAUGACUGAAGAUUUGUUUCUGUGAUGGGCAAGUGCUAUUCCAUUCUAAACCCUGAGGGAACCAUAGUAAAAAGUCUCUUAUAAAGCAA